AUGUAUCAAGUGACAAUUUUCGUACUAUUCUUUAUUAUUAUUGAAUAUAUUCAAGCAUCAAAAAUAGUUGGUACCAAAACUAUUACAGAAAAACAAGGUAAUAAUGUAAUACUGUCAUGUCGAUUUGAACAAUUAAAUAAAGGAGAUCGUGUUAUGUGGUCAAAAGAUAGUGUUGUUUUAUCUGUUAAUGAUGAAAUAGCUGGUGAUCGAAAAAAAUAUGAAAUCAUAAGCAGAUAUGAUUUAAUGAUUAAAACAGUAGCUGAACAAGAUAGUGGACGGUAUUUAUGUCAAAAUUUUGAUCAACUUGUAGCCAUGAAUAUUCUAUUAACUAUUUUAACUCGACCAACAAAACCUGAUAUACAACAAACAAAUAAAAGUUUAAUUGAAAAUAACAUAGGAAAAUUUCUUUGUAUAACACAAGGUGGAAAUCCAUUACCAACAUUUAAUUGGUUAAUUAAUCAAAUAAAAAUAAAUGAAUCAUUUUAUAUUGUUCAUUCUGAUACACGUCAAUCAUAUAGUGAAUUAUAUUUACCAUUAGAAAAACAUUUUCAUAAUGGUUUAUUAACUUGUCAAAUAGACAAUCAAGCUUUAGAUAAACCAUUAAUUACUUCAUAUACAUUAAAUAUUGAAUAUAAACCAGAAGUUCGUUUACGUCAUGUUCAAACAAUUAUUUCAAAUCUUAAUUUGCUGGUUAUUGAAGAUGAUCGUUUAACGCUUCAUUGUCAAAUCGAUUCAAAUCCACCAAUAACUAAACCAAUAACUUGGUUAAAAAAUGGUGUAUCAAUUUCUGAUAGUACUUCUUCCUUAAUGUUACAAAAUAUAAAACGUAGUGAUGAUGGAGAAUAUACAUGUUUAGCAUCAAAUUCAAUUGGUCAUGGUCAAUCAUCAGUAUAUAUUCGUGUUCAAUAUCCGCCAAUAGUUCAAUUAAAUGGUGGUGGAUUAAUAAAUGAAAAUGAAAGAUUAAUAUUAAUAUGUAACGUAGAUUCUUAUCCAUCAAUUGAUUAUUAUCAAUGGCAUAAGAAUAAGCAAAAAUUAAAUACAAGUUCAUUAACAUCUUCAAUAGUUAUUGAAAAAGUAUCAAAAGAUGAUGCAGGAAUUUAUAUGUGUAUAGUAAAAAAUACUUUGAAAUAUCCUAAUGGAAGUUCUAUUGAAAUGUUUAAUAGAACACAAACAAAAGUUAUUGUUCAUUAUGCUCCAAAAGUACAUACGUUACAUCCAAUAAUAGCUGCUGAUCUUCAUACAACUAAUAUAAAAUUUCAAUGUGAAAUUGACUCAUAUCCUGAAUCAAUAAUUAUUUGGACAUUUAAUAAUAGCGUUAUAUUUAAUUCAAAUAAAUAUUCCAUUAUACAAAAUAAAUCUGUAUCCUAUUUAAUGAUUCAAGAAAUUCUAUCUGAUAUCGAUUAUGGAUUAUAUUCAUGUAAUGCAUCAAAUAAGUUAGGAUAUAAUUCUACAACUAUCCAACUGAGAUCAAAAGGUAUACCUGAAUCACCAACGGAUUUCAAUAUAACCGACAUUAAUUAUUCAACGAUUAGUUUGGAAUGGAAACCGGGAUUUGAUGGUGGAUGGCCACAAUCGUUUUGGAUUUCACUCGAUAGUUAUAUAUGGAAAGAAACUAAUCAAACUUAUUUUACAUUUACAAAUCUUCAACAUUUGGAGUAUUAUAAUAUAACUGUUCGAGCUUUUAAUCAACUGGGACAAAGUUCAACUACUGCAUUUCUUCGCGUUCGAACAACAGAUGUACCAAUAAAAAAAGAAGAUUUACCAAUAAUUGAACAUUCAUCAUUACAUUUAUCAGGAAAAACAAUUAAUUAUCGUUUAAAUGAAUCAAGUUUUACAUCAAUAAAAGUUCCAUUAUGUAUUCGAAUUGAAAUCUAUAAUCGAACGAAUGUAUGUCAACGUAUUGUAACAUCAAGUGGAGUUUUAAAACUCACUGAAAAUGAUUUAAAUAAUAUUAUGAAUGUAUCAAUUUGCCUUGAUCAAUAUGAAAAUUUUUGUGGAGAAAUGCUUCCAGUUGAAAUAAAACGUGAAACAUCAUUUGACUGGAUAUUUAUAUUAUUAUCAUCGAUUAUUACUGUUUUGUUUCUUAUUCUUUUUGGUCUUGGUAUAUUUUGUUUAAUAAUAAAUCGUAAACGAUUACGAAAUACAAGUCAUUCUCGAGUUAGAAUAUCAAAUAAAAUAUCUUCACAAGAUCCAGUUAGUACAAAAUCAGUUACUUCUAAUACGAACAGUCCGACAAAAUUUUUUUCAAAUGUAACAUAUCCCGAACGACAACAAAUGCCAUCAUCUUAUUCUAAAUUAAACGAAAUUCAAAAAUUUGAUCAAUUACAAGUUACUACUGUUAAUAAUCAUCAAUUAUCAUCUGGCUCAAGUGAUCCAAUAUUAUCCAAUCCAAAUUCAUCUUCAUUAUCAGGUAGUGAUCAUUUAACAAUAACAGAUAUGAAUCCAACUGAUCUAUCAUCAAUAGAAAAUGAUUUAAAUGCUUCACAAUUUCAACAUAUUGGUUAUGGUUUUCCACAUUAUACACCAAAAAAUCAAGAAGACAGCAUUGAAAAUGGUUAUUCAACAUCAUUAAAAAAUUAUCAAUUAAAUAAAAAAACUGUUUAUGAAGUUGUCGUUUAG